UUGCCGGGAGUAUAAGUACUAGCGACUGUCCUCGAUGCAGCGGGAACUCUUGCCCCUCGUCUCCUUGAGACAUCAAGACCAGCGUUAACAUCUUCUCCAGCCUCCAACACAUAACAAUCGCACCUCGAAUGUCGACCGCCGUUGCAUCAGGAUACCAAGAACUCGCACACAGCAAAGACGUUGCACCGCCGUCAUACGAUGGUACCCAUCCUCGAGCCACAUCCCUGCUUCCUGCCACCACGAACAACCUUGAGCUGCAGUUCAAAUGGGCGAGCUACAAGACGGUCGAUAUAGCCGUAUCAGAGCCCCCUGGCAAGGUCCGGUACUAUGCGGAAAUGUCCGAAGUCCAGGGCUCGCCCGAUGUCGUCCUGAGGGAACGUUCGAAAGGCGGCCAGGUUAUCGGGACCGCCCAUUUUAGUCAGAAGCACGACGUCGAGAUGACCCUCGGUGCAGAUGGCUCCGAUAUCGGUAACACUGGGCCGAGUGCUACGCUGGUCAAUCAUGACCCUAUCACGUUCGCGCAUUACACCUUGACGAUCCCCCAGGGGACCUCUCAACGCGUGUUCGACCUCGUCCGCACCUCGUCCAAGGAGGACGGCGUGAAAGGGUCCACGGAGAGGUGGAACUACUUUAAUUACAAGAUCACCGACCGUGCCACGGGAAAGUCGGUCGGAGCCUGGCUGGAGCAUGGAAGCCUGAGCUUCAAAGUGGGAAAGCUGAAGGUUCAAGUCGGAGCUGGAGGGGCCGACGGCAAACCGGGCCUCAUUGAGGAGGAAGUUUGGUGGAUCGUCAUGGCCAUGGCUAGCGUCGCAGAGAAGGCAAGGAGAAGGGCACCGUACGCCGGCGUGCCCGCUGCCAUCGCCAAAUUUCUCUAAGACGCGCAAUGCCAGGUCAGGGGGAGGGGAAGGAACGAUCGAAACGGAAUAUUCCAUCUGCGCAUCUUCGUUACAAGCUCGAAUUAUACCCAACUAUAUACCAUAAUACUGUCCGCGCAUGCAUGUUGUUUAUCCUUUGACCCGGCCUUGUACUACAUCAUCCCCGAACGGCGGCCCUGCCGGAGCCACAGGAUCUAGGACCGUACCCUGCUUUUGUAUCUCUUCGUCGACCGCCCUUGGGCUAGAGCCUUUCGCCAUCU